GAGGACCGGAGGGAGGCGCCGCUGUGGCCGCGGGUGCAGUGCUGCGGGCGCGACAAGCCAUGAGAAGCGGCCCCGCGGGCGACCCUGCUGUCGCUGGCCGCCGCUGAACCCGGCCGGGAGACACCUCGAGGCUCCCCAGUAUCCUCUGCAGUCGGCACCCUCGCGCCCAGAGAAACAUGAUUCCAGUGACAGAGUUCCGGCAGUUCUCUGAGCAGCAGCCUGCCUUCCGGGUGCUGAAGCCGUGGUGGGAUGUGUUCACUGAUUACCUUUCAGUGGCCAUGCUGAUGAUCGGUGUGUUUGGAUGUACUUUACAGGUCAUGCAAGACAAGAUCAUUUGCCUUCCAAAAAGAGUUCAGCCAUCUCAGAACCACUCUUCCGUUUCAAAUGUCUCUCAAGCAGUUGCCGGAACGACCCCAUUGCCUCCGCCUAAACCAUCUUCGACUAACCCCAUCACUGUGGAAAUGAAAGGACUGAAGACAGAUCUGGACCUCCAACAGUACAGCUUUAUAAACCAGAUGUGCUACGAGCGAGCCCUCCACUGGUAUGCCAAAUAUUUCCCUUACCUUGUCCUCAUCCAUACCCUGGUCUUCAUGCUCUGCAGCAACUUUUGGUUCAAAUUUCCUGGCUCCAGCUCCAAAAUAGAACAUUUUAUUUCCAUCCUGGGGAAGUGUUUUGACUCCCCCUGGACCACACGGGCUUUAUCGGAAGUGUCCGGGGAAGACUCAGAAGAGAAGGACAACAGGAAGAACAACAUGAGCAGGUCCAACACCACCCAGUCUGGUCCAGAAGGCAACCUGGUCAACUCUCAGUCUUUAAAGUCAAUUCCUGAGAAGUUUGUAGUGGACAAAAGUACUGCAGGGGCUCUGGAUAAGAAGGAAGGGGAACAAGCAAAAGCCUUAUUUGAGAAGGUGAAGAAGUUCAGGCUGCAUGUAGAAGAAGGUGAUAUACUAUAUGCUAUGUAUGUUCGCCAGACCGUGCUUAAAGUUAUAAAAUUCCUAAUCAUCAUUGCGUAUAAUAGCGCCCUGGUUUCCAAGGUCCAAUUCACAGUGGACUGUAAUGUUGACAUUCAGGACAUGACUGGAUAUAAGAACUUUUCUUGCAAUCACACCAUGGCACACUUGUUCUCAAAACUUUCCUUUUGCUACCUGUGCUUUGUAAGUAUCUACGGACUGACAUGCCUUUAUACCUUAUACUGGCUGUUCUACCGUUCUCUAAGGGAAUACUCUUUUGAGUAUGUCCGGCAGGAGACUGGUAUCGAUGAUAUUCCAGACGUGAAAAAUGACUUUGCUUUUAUGCUUCAUAUGAUAGAUCAGUAUGACCCUCUCUAUUCCAAGAGAUUUGCAGUGUUCCUCUCUGAAGUGAGCGAAAACAAAUUAAAGCAGCUAAACUUAAACAACGAGUGGACUCCCGAUAAACUGAGGCAGAAGCUACAGACAAAUGCCCAUAACCGGCUGGAAUUGCCUCUCAUCAUGCUCUCUGGCCUUCCAGACACUGUUUUUGAAAUUACAGAGUUGCAGUCUCUAAAGCUUGAGAUCAUUAAGAACGUAAUGAUACCAGCCACCAUUGCGCAACUAGACAAUCUCCAAGAGCUCUCGCUUCACCAGUGCUCCGUCAAAAUCCACAGCGCGGCACUCUCUUUCCUGAAGGAAAACCUCAAGGUCUUGAGUGUGAAGUUUGACGAUAUGAGAGAGCUGCCCCCCUGGAUGUAUGGACUCCGGAAUCUGGAAGAGCUCUACCUGGUUGGCUCUCUAAGUCACGAUAUUUCCAAAAAUGUCACCCUUGAGUCUCUGCGGGAUCUUAAAAGCCUUAAAAUUCUCUCUAUCAAAAGCAACGUGUCCAAAAUCCCUCAGGCAGUGGUAGAUGUUUCCAGCCAUCUUCAGAAGAUGUGCAUCCACAACGACGGCACCAAGCUGGUGAUGCUCAACAAUUUAAAGAAGAUGACCAACCUGACCGAGCUGGAGCUGGUCCACUGUGACCUGGAGCGCAUUCCUCACGCUGUGUUCAGCCUGCUCAGCCUCCAGGAAUUGGACCUCAAGGAAAAUAACCUGAAAUCUAUAGAAGAAAUCGUUAGCUUCCAGCACUUGAGAAAGCUGACAGUGUUAAAACUGUGGCACAACAGCAUCACCUAUAUCCCAGAGCAUAUAAAGAAACUCACCAGCCUGGAGCGUCUGUCCUUUAGUCACAACAAAAUAGAGGUGCUGCCUUCCCACCUCUUCCUAUGCAACAAAAUCCGAUACUUAGACUUAUCCUACAAUGACAUUCGCUUUAUCCCACCUGAAAUCGGAGUUCUACAAAGUUUACAGUAUUUUUCCAUCACUUGUAACAAAGUGGAGAUACUUCCAGACGAACUCUACUUCUGCAAGAAACUUAAAACUCUAAAGAUUGGGAAAAACAGCCUAUCAGUACUUUCACCAAAAAUCGGAAAUUUACAGUUUCUUUCCUACUUAGAUGUUAAAGGCAAUCACUUUGAAAUCCUCCCUCCCGAACUCGGUGACUGUCGAGCUCUGAAGAGGGCUGGUUUAGUUGUGGAAGAUGCUCUAUUUGAAACUCUGCCUUCUGAUGUCCGAGAGCAAAUGAAAACAGAAUAACUUAUUUUUGUUUGAAGUUUGACUGAAACAUGCUUCUACCAAAUACAGUAUAAAUAAUUAGGUAGUCUUAAUGCCUUUCCUAUUUUAUGUUUUUUUUUCUUUUCACACGAAACAAAAUGUACACAAAAGAUUAAGUAAGGAGUAUGUAUUUUUUAAUAAAAAUUUAAUUGUAUUUUUUCAGUAUUAAUAUUUUAAAGUUUUAUUUGUCCUGGUACCUAAUGUACCUGUUACUGUUUUCUACUGGCAGAAACAGAUGGUUCCAUCUGUUUUUUGUUUUGUUUUCUUGUUGUUGUUUUCAGUUCAUUCUGGUGAAGGGGAGAGAAUUUUAAGUUGCAUUCUUUUUAGUAUUUUUUUUAAAUAGAUGAAGAUUACUUGCCAAGGUCAUUCUUAGCUUGUUUACACCUGUACAGUUCCUUGCUUUUGUUGUCAUUGUUUGUAUACCAAGGAAUCUGUGCUAGUUAUUUUAAUACCAGCUGCCUUCUCCAUUAGCCAAGCCUUUCAUUGUAUAUAGUUCAUUCUUUUUGGCUUAAAUUCACAUAAGUGCAUUGUCACAGAUUAUUAUUUUAAAAUUUCCCCCCCCAUCUCUAAGGGAACUCUAAAUUAUGUUAUUUCAUAUACCUGAUAGGUAAACUUAUCCUUAAACAAGAACUUUUUAAGUGAGUGAAGACAAUAAUCUUCCAUAGUUGGCAUGCUUGAAUUGGUCAUUUAUAAUUUAAUUGAUUUCCAUUUUUACCAACAUUUAAAAAUAUUUAAAAACUAAAUACAGAGGCUCCCUGCUUUAAUCUCAAUGUAGCUAUGUAGUACUGGUGAACAACCUUAGAGAACCUAGAUUUAUUUUAAUUAAGAUAGGUAAUUAAAUUUAAAUAUCAUAGAAUUAGAAGCCUGGUUUUUGAGUAAUUUAAUCAUCUUUGAUAUCUUAAUAUGUAGAUAAAUCAGAUGAAAAAAAUUCACUACUAAAGCGCUCUGUUAAAGAGAUGGUGCACGCCAGUCCAGCCCACUGAUUUCCUCUAGGCAGUGCGGCUGUGCAAUCUAUUCAAAUUCUGCCUGUUGCACAGAAAAAUCCGUGUGUGUGUGUGUGUGUGUGUGU